AUGGGGGAGCCUCGGAGAGGAGGUAGACCUGGCGGUCAGCCGGACAGGGCGGUCAACGCGGUAGAACGUGGACCGCGAGACUCGGAGUGCCUUCUACUCAUUGAGUCGGCCGAGCUGAACAUCCCGGAGGAAGCGCACGAUGACGGGCUGGGAAGCUGUUGUCAUCUCGACAAGCACGGGCAGUGGAUCAUCGAGUUCCUUUCGCGCGAAGAGGCGAAGAAGGCAGUAGCGGAGGCAGAUCAGCGGUUGCGUAGCGGGUUCGUGCGCAGAUCAGGGGCAGCUCGAGGACAUACCACACAAGACACCGAGCAGAAUGAAUGGUUAGCGCGGAACCGUGUACACGAGCGCGUACGACUCAGGGCCGUGGUCUCGGAGAGCGAGAGGGAGGAGCAGUGGACACGGUGCGAGACUGGAGAAGCACGCGGCCCGGGUCGACGAGUCGGAGGAAACCAAAUCUGUGACGCGCAUAGUCCGGCGAACCGAGAACAUCCGCACAAGAGGCGUCGGAGAGGAGCCGGACCUAGUGGCCAGCCGGUCGGCGCGAUCGACGCGGAAGAACGUGGACGACGAGAGUGCCUACUCUUGGAGUCAGCCGAGCUCAGCAUCCCGGAGGAAGAGCACGAUGACGAGCUGGAUAGCUGUUGCCACCUCGAUGACUGUGGGCAUUGGAUCGUCGAAUAUCUUCCGCGCGACGAGGCGAGGAAGGCGGUAGCGGAGGCAGAUCGGCGCUUGCAAGACGGGUUCAUGCGCAGUUCAAGGGCAGCCCGAGGACACACCCCAGACGGUACCGACCGGAAUGAAGGAUCGUACCAGGGGUGCAAGUAUGCGAGGGCCGACCCAAUAACCUCAAGCAGCACAACCGUGGCACACAAACACGGACUAGUCGGAGAGUGCCUACUCGUCAAGUGCACCGAGCUCAGGGACCCGGAAGAGGUCUGCGGCGACGAGCUACUUGUCAGCUCCCAUCACCCGGAGGAAGAGAUCCGUUGGGCUGUCGAAUACCUGCCAUGGGCAGACACGGAGAGGGCGUUUGCCAAGGCGGAACGAGACUGCGGCUGGCUCGACAAGGAUGAGGAUCGCAUGCGCGGUUUCGACGCGACUCGAGGACGCAGGGUAGAAGAUGAUCGAGCGGACGGACUCGCGUCAUUCAUGUCGCAGUGGAUCGCUCUCGGUUAGGCAGUGUUGUUGCGGGGAGUAGGUGACCGGGGACGGUCACAAUUCGAGUAAGGGGGAGAUGUGGGGAGUGCCUCCCACAUAGGCCCGGACAGUACGUAUAUCGCUUAUUUUGGGCUAUCUGGUCAGUGCCGUUCCCUCCGAGCACAUUGACAGCCUUCGCUAUUCCUUCCGAUACCCCAUCUCUACUGUACUUGAUGGACUUCGCGCGAUUUCGCAUUACUUACCAUAUAUAGCAAGUACCUACUAUUAGUCAGCUUCGGCGGCAUACAGUGCCACGAAGACUUGUACAUACCUUAGCUCUCCCCGGACCUUGAAUCUAGACAUCUGCGAGCAUAGCUUGCGCAUUCCCCAUACACUCGCCGGAGCGGGGAGAGGCUCCCUGGGUCAGUCAGUGUUGACCGACUCGGGAUCAAGAAUCUUUCGGACGAACGCAGCGCCACGUAAUCGGG